GAUGGUGGCGCUCAUGGUGGCCGCCUCCGCCAAGCCAAUGCCGCGCCCCUACCGCUCCCACAACGUCCUCCCGCGCGUCCUCGCCUUCUACCACCACUGGAAGAAAAUCUACGGCAAGAGUUCCUCCAGGCCCUCUCUCCCGGUAGCACGGCUGCUCCCUGCUCUGUUCGGUUACGGAACCUGAGAGCAAGGACCGAGCCCGAUCGGCGAGAGGGGAGCCAAUCAAUCAACAUGAGCAAAGCAAUCUUGACCAGAGACCAGCACCAACAUGAGCUCCCAUCAGGUUGCGGUCGCGCCAUGCGUCUCGCUCCCAGGAUGCUGCUUUGCUGCCGCCUUUGGGUGACAUGCAUUUAGUGGCAUGUCGAGGCGAGCCUCCUGGGUCUGUCGGAGCGGUUUGCCGUAGUUGUCUCUCGUUUUCGCUGUCCCCCGGCUGCAGCUAGGGGUGGUAAUGGAUUGUGAUCCAAAUAGUUCUUCACAAAAUGUCAAGGCCCUAAAUAAAUUAUAGUUCAAAAAUGACUAGAAAUAAAGCCCGAUCCUAACCCGCUUCGAUCCUUAAAUCUUAUAGUGCAAAAAUUAUAGCCCAUUGUCAGCCCUAGCUGCAGCCCGGUUAGGUGGCCAGGGUCUAUUUCCUACUUGCCGCCCCGCCCCCGCGCGGCCCUCGACGUGAGCCUACACGUCCCCCUUCCUGCUCCCCGCCACCGUCCCCGUCUCCAUCGCAUUCAACUCCAGCUUGCCCUGCCCUGCGCCCGUCGCCUCCGGGCGCACCCGCCGCGACCUGUCCGUCCCUGGCCCAACCGUCACGCCGCUGCGGCCACCACCUGCUCUGCUCCGCCCUUCUCUUCGUGUCGUCUUGUGAUCCCUGCCUGCCUACUGGGUGCUGGCUGGCUGGCUGGCUACAGUGCUGGUGCGGCAGUGCGCGGGUACAGUGUAAUGCGGCGGGCGCUGCCACAGGGGGAGGAGCUGGGUAUCGUAGCGUAGCGUACCUGCUCCGCGCGUACGUACGCAUGUUGUGCCUGCGCCUGCAUCGCCGGCACCUCUCCCUGCCAUGUCCUGUCCCUGCCCCCUUGGCAGCUGGCGGGAUGCUGCUGAUGUGGCGGAACAUGGCCUCCCUGCCCCCAAUCAUUGGCUGCCUCGUCGCCUUGUCACGCUCACGCCCGUGCCUGAUUUUGCCUCUCCCUCCAGGUUCCACGUUCCUGAUAUGGUUCGGCCCGACGCCGAGGCUCGCCGUCGCCGACCCGGACCUCAUUCGGGAGAUCCUCCUGUCCCGCGCCGAUCACUUCGACCGCUACGAGUCGCACCCGAUGGUGCGCCAGCUCGAGGGCGAGGGGCUCGUCAGCCUGCGCGGCGACAAGUGGGCACACCGGCGCAAGGUGCUCACGCCGGCGUUCCACAUGGAGAACCUCAAGCUGCUGCUGCCGUUCGUCGGGAGGACGGUGGUCGACGUGGUGGACAAGUGGCACGACAUGGCCGCCGCGGCGUCCGGCGAGGUCGAGAUCGACGUGUCCGAGUGGUUCCAGGUGGUGACGGAGGACGCCAUCACCCGUACGGCGUUCGGCCGGAGCUACGAGGACGGCAAGGCCGUCUUCAAGCUCCAGACCCAACUCAUGGCCUUCGCCUCCGAGGCGUUUCGCAAGGUCUUCAUCCCUGGAUACAGGUUCCUGCCGACCAAGAAGAACACGACCUCGUGGAAGCUGGACAAGGAGAUCAGGAAGAACCUGGCGACGCUGAUCGGCCGGCGGCAGGAAGCCGCGGACGACGAGAAGCUCAGCGGCUGUGCCAAGGACCUCCUUGGUCUCCUGAUCAACGCGGGCAGCAACGGCGGCAAGGUGAGCCCCAUCACCGUGAACGACAUAGUGGAGGAGUGCAAGACGUUCUUCUUCGCGGGCAAGCAGACCACGUCGAACCUCCUGACAUGGACCACAGUCCUGCUCGCCAUGCACCCCGAGUGGCAGGAGCUCGCCCGGCAGGAGGUGCUCCAAGUCUGCGGGGCGCGUGACAUCCCCUCCCGCGAGCAGCUCACCAAGCUCAAGACACUCGGGAUGAUCCUGAACGAGACGCUGCGGCUGUACCCGCCGGCGGUGGCGACGGUGCGUCGCGCCAAGGCGGACGUGGAGCUGGGCGGGUGCCUGAUCCCGCGCGGCACGGAGCUGCUGAUCCCGAUCAUGGCCGUGCACCACGACGCGCGGCUGUGGGGGCCGGACGCCACGCAGUUCAACCCGGCGCGGUUCGCCAGGGGCGCGGCGCAGGCGGCCAGGCACCCCACGGCGUUCAUCCCGUUCGGGCUGGGCGCGCGGAUGUGCAUCGGCCAGAACCUGGCGCUCCUGGAGUCUAAGCUCACGCUGGCCAUCGUCCUCCAGCGGUUCGACUUCCGGCUGUCGCCCAGCUACCUCCACGCGCCGACGGUGCUGAUGCUCCUCCACCCGCAGUACGGGGCGCCCGUGGUCUUCCGGCCGCGACCGUCUGAGCCGUCCGAUCGCGACAGUAGGGAUGUGUGAGGAGAUGACGGAGCUCGUACUAACCUUGUCAGUGUCAAUUGCGCCUGGCAUGAUGACCAAUAACCACCUCCGCAGCAUGCUGCUUUGCCCUCAAGAGCAGAGACCAAACGAGCAGAGCAGCCGCCGCCACCGCCACAGCCCAGCACCACCAGAGGAACAAGUGACUAGAAGGAGCACCACCGUACCGUACUAAGUACUAACAAAUAUAUCCUGCUGAAGGUGCCAGCAGCAGCAGCAGCUUAGACUAGUAGAGCAGAGUAGAAGGCUUGACCAGUGCCUCCCAAUUUUUCAGUCAUUUGGGUUGAUGAUUUCCUUCCUUCCAUGAGGUUUUGCCAGGUGUGGUUGGUGUAUGAAGGAUUGCAAAAAUUGUACACACGUCGUGUUCCGUUUGUUC